UUGUACAAUUGCACAUUAAAGUGAAAGAACCGAUCAUCAAUCAAUCAAGUUAUAGUUGUAGAAUCAUAUUCAAUUCAUAUUCAUACAAUCAUCAACAAUAACUUUUGACCAACAACAUCAGCAACAUCAUCAUCAAACAACGCUACCCAACCAACAAAAAAAAAACCACUUUUUUAAAAGGCAACAUUCCAGUAGUACCUUACAAUCGUUUCAACGUAUGGUCCACCAAUAAAAUAAAUACAACUUAAUUACAUACCCCAUCCAACAUAAUCACAAUGACUGAAUCAUUAUUUGACACCAAUUUCACUUCUGAAAACGAACCUAAACCAGUAGACGAACAAGUCCAACCAACCACCGACGAACAACCUACUUCUGUUUCCACUGAAUCUCAACCUUCCAAUUCCGAAUCAAGUGAACAAGCUGAAGAAGUCCCUGUCAGUGCUUCAUCCUCCACCAACCACGAUCAAUCCACCACUUUGCCGUCAUUAAAUGACAAAUCUAACGGCGAUGCAGUGAUAAAUGUCAGAGUCUUGGUUUCUGCCAAAGAAGCUGGAUGUUUAAUUGGCCAAAAUGGGAAAGUCAUUGAUGGAAUUAGAGAUGAAACUAAUACUAAGGCAGGAAUAUCCCGAUUACAACCAGGUUCUCAUGAACGUAUUUUAACCGUUUCUGGAAAAUUAGAUAACUGUGCUAAAGCAUUGAGUUAUUUUGCUCAAGCUUUAUGUGACUCCACCAUUGAAACUUACAAUUAUUUCCCAUUGAAGCAAUUGUCAGCCAAUCCAUGUAUUGAAAAUGAAACCACUAUUUUAAGAUUAUUAGUUCCAAAUGCUCAAAUGGGGACUUUAAUCGGAAGCAAAGGGUUGAGAAUUCAACAAAUUCAAUCAAAUUAUCACAUUUCCAUGAUUGCUUCUAAAUCUUUCUUGCCUGGUUCAAAUGAAAGAUUGGUUGAAUUACAAGGUACUGUGAAUGACUUAUACGAUGCAUUGAGAAUUAUUGCUAGAUGUCUUAUUGAAGAUAUCUCUGCCCUUGGUAAUACCAACUAUUAUGUUCCAAGGGGUCACCAUAGUCAAUAUAAUGGAGUCAAUACUACUAACGGAGUUUCUUCAACAACCCCAACCAAUGGAAGAAAUUUCGCCAGAAAAUCCUCUCAUAUCGCCACUACUUCCCUUUCAUUCCCUAAUGACAUUGUGGGGGCCUUGAUUGGUAAGAAUGGAUCAAGAAUCCAAGGUGUUAGAAAAGUAAGUGGUGCCACCAUUGGAAUUUCUGAAGAAGUUGAAGGUAAAAAUGAACGUAUUUUCACCAUUAGUGGUAGUCCACAUGCUGUUGAAAAGGCCAAGGGAUUAUUGUAUCAUAACUUACAAAGAGAAGAGCAAAGAAGAGCUGAAGCUGAAAAGAGUGAGUAAAUGAUGUCACUGUGUGUUUUGUUUUGUUGUUGUUUUUUUUUAUAACUUGUACCAAUAUGAAUGUGUCUGGCUUGUAUACUGGAUAAUUUCGUUUGUCUUUAUAUAUGUUUGUAAUUUUGGUUUGAUAUUAUAUUGUUUAAUUAGUACUAUUCGAGUAGAAGAAGUUGAGUCUAAUGAUUUUUCUAUUAAAGUAUGUCUCAGUUACUAGUACGAUUGUAUUACAAUUUAGUCCAAUCGCAAGUUUCACUAAUCAACUCAGCUAAUUUUUCCAAAUACUCUUGAUCAACUUUGUCAAAACCGUUUAAAUCCAAACAGUCUAAAUCCAAAACACCUAAAGUUUGGCCAUCCUUGACUAUAGGCACGACAAUUUCUGACUUGGUUUCGCCAUCACAGGCAAUAUGACCAGGGAAUUUUUCAACAUCAGGCACCAAUUGUGUUUUUUGAGACAGAGCAGCUGUUCCACAUACACCACUACCGAAUUUUAUAAUUUGACAGGCAACUUUCCCUUGGAAUGGAGCUAAAAUUAAUUCUUCGGGUUUAGAACGAACGUAGAACCCAGCCCAAUUGACUGGAGUGUUAAGCGAGUGGUAUGCAUGCCAUAAUAAUGACGAGCAAUUAGAUAAAUUGGCUACCCAGUUGGUGGUAUCAGACGCCAAGGCCGAGUAUGAAUCAAGGAUAUGCUGAAGGGUUUCCUCUUUGGAUAAAGAAGAACUAAUAUUAGCGUAAUCUGCGUGAUGUUUAUCUUCUCCCAUUGUUGC